AUGGCCAAUGAGGUCUCUGUGCUCGCUGUAACCGUUAGCAUGGACGGCUUGGACAUCCAACAGAUAUCUCAACCCCAUCAUCAAAACGAAACUCCUGACCCUCCCACCUGCGUCACCAUCUUCUCUGUCACAGCCUUCCACCCGGGGGCCUGUGGCACCUUUGCCCCAGUCUCCGUGAGACUCCCGUCCUCGCCUGUGCGUCUUCGCUCAGAUGCCUCCUCAUUCUUGCUGGAAGCCCAAGGCAGGAUGACUCGGCAGCAGCAAGCCCCUCGCGCAGAGACCAGCACUGCCACCGCCCGAAGUGGCUGGAGGGAGGCGCGGACGGCGGAGCUUACUGCCAUGGCACGGGAGGAGCAGUGCAGGGAGGAGCUCGGCUACGGCCGGAUGCCCACCUUGGAGCGAGGGGGCCCGGACGUGGGGGGCUUCUCCCCGGACGCCAAGCCCGGCGACCUGCAGCUGUCAUCGCGGCUGCCGCCGUGCUUCAGUCACAAGGCCUGGGUCUUCUCCGUGCUGACAGGGACCUGCCUGCUCGUGACCUCGGGGUUCUCGCUGUACCUGGGAAACGUGUUCCCCUCGGAGAUGGACUACUUGCGCUGCGCGGCGGGUUCGUGCAUCCCCUCGGCAAUCGUGAGCUUCGCCGUUUCCAGGAGAAACGUCAACGUGAUCCCCAACUUCCAGAUGCUGUUUGUUUCCACAUUUGCUGUCACCACGACGUGCUUAAUCUGGUUUGGUUGCAAACUUGUCCUGAACCCAUCAGCGAUAGACAUAAACUUCAACCUGAUCCUGCUCCUUCUGCUCGAGCUCUUCACGGCGGCCACGGUGAUCGUGUCCGCGCGGUCCGGAGAGGCGUCCUGCAGGCAGAAGGGUUCCAUCGCUGACAGCAGCAACAUUCUGUAUGAAGUGACAUUUCCUGCUCGGGUCCUGAAGUCCUAUUCGGUCGUGGAGGUGAUUGCCGGCGUCUCUGCCGUUCUGGGCGGGGUCAUCGCUCUGAACCUGGACGACACCCUCUCCGGCCCUCACUUCUCAGUGACUUUCUUUUGGAUCUUAGUGGCCUGUUUUCCCAGUGCCAUCGCCAGUCAUGUGACAGCAGAGUGUCCCAGCAAGUGUCUGGUGGAGGUGCUGAUCGCCAUCUGCAGCCUCACGUCCCCGCUGCUGUUCACAGCCGUGGGGUACCUGACGUUCAGCGUGACGAGACUCUUGGAGGCGCUGGAAGCCUACCCACCGGCCCUCCAGCAAUCCCACGACGCGCUCCUGCUGCUCCUGCUGCUGGCGCUGCUGCUGCAGGCGAGUCUGCACACGGGCACCGUCAUCCGCUGCGUGGGCUUCAAGGCGGGCGCCUCCCGGGAUGCCACGCGGGCUGGCCCGCAGGAGCGCCCGGCGGGCGAGGUGGCCCGCAGCCCCCUGCCGGAAUUCGACAGGGAGAAAGCCUGGAGAGCCGUCGUGGUGCAGAUGGCCCAGUGA